UUUUACAUGAAUCACUUCGGAGUGUUAAAUCAAUCCCGUUAUAAAUUUACUUUUCAACUUGAUUAUUUUAAAAAAGGAUCUGAGUAGGAUAUGGUGUUUUCAGCAUCAACGAUGAUUCCAGAUUUUGUAACUACUUAAUUAUGUUAAUUCAAUCAAAUGGUCAGUUGAGCAAAUAAGUAAGGAGUGGUGAUGGUGGUAUUCUAGUGGUGUAUAAUGUCUAAUGAUUUGAAUUAGAAGUGGGAACAAAAAAGGGCUUUGUGCUUUGGAAAACUUGAACGCCGAGUGAAAUGGGAAACAACUUUCAAAUUCCCAUCAUUUGUGAAAGGCGAUAGAUUCUUGAUAUCUUAUCUUCCUCCAUUUGUUGAGGAAUAUAUACUGUGCCCACUUUCAUGAGUCAACAAUGGACAAAUGGAAUUCUUGAGUCCGUUCAACAUCUCCCUCGAAACCACCCACCCAUUUCCUCCAUUAAAUAUACAGAGCUGCCUCUUGUUUUCUAGCUUACUAUAAUUCUCACUUGGUUUGCAUUCCUCAACUACGUUAAUGGCGUCCAAGAGAAUUCUGAAGGAGCUCAAGGACUUACAAAGAGACCCCCCAACAUCAUGCAGUGCAGGUCCUGUGGGAGAAGAUAUGUUCCAUUGGCAAGCAACCAUCAUUGGUCCUAAUGACAGUCCCUAUGCUGGCGGUGUUUUCCUUGUUACUAUUCAUUUUCCUCCUGAUUAUCCUUUCAAGCCUCCCAAGGUGGCAUUCAGGACCAAGGUAUUCCAUCCCAAUAUAAACAGUAAUGGAAAUAUUUGUCUGGACAUUCUCAAAGAACAAUGGAGCCCUGCCCUCACCAUAUCCAAGGUUUUGCUGUCAAUUUGUUCACUGCUAACGGAUCCAAACCCUGAUGACCCGCUUGUUCCAGAGAUUGCUCAUAUGUGCAAGUCUGACAAACAGAAAUAUGAGUCCACUGCUAGAGGAUGGACCCAGAAGUAUGCCAUGGGCUGAUCAGACUCUAAUAAUUACUGCCUUGUGACCACCACUUUCCAAAUCAAUCCUCUUUAUAUAAAAAUGGCCUUAAUUUGAACCAUUACUAUACUAAGGCUUUACCUUUGACUAUGAGAAUUAUUCUAAAGGCUUUACCUUUGUAAUUGGAUCGUGUUUUCUAUCCAUCAAUAAAUAUAUAUGCUCAGACCUUUUGCA